AUAUUUUUGAAUGUACCAGAUUAUUACUGCUGGAGCCUUCCUAAGCUACAAGACCUGGGACCGAUCUUGCUUUCUCUCUCAGGAAAGGUUUUACCAUUGAAUAUGUUUUCUAUCAGUGUUUUAACUAUACUUGCCAAUACCAGAAAAGUCACAAUCUCUUCCUAUUGUAAUGCUGCCAAUUACUCCUUUGGGACUUCAGUAUAUAUAUUCAUACUCCCGCAAACAUACUAGGGAAGUAUGGUGCAGUGAUCAGUGUUAGGUCUGGAAUCAGGAAGACUCUUUUUCAUGCAUUCAAAUGACCCUGGGAAAGUCACUUAACUCUGAUUGCCUCAGUUUCUUCAUCUGUAAAAUGAGCUUGAGAAGGAAAUGGCAAAUCACCCUAGUAUCUUUUUCAAGAGAAUCCCAGAUGGGGUCAUGAAGAGUAAUAAACUACUGAACAAUAGCAAUAGAUACACCAGCCUCAGUUAUUGAAUUUAGUCAUUUCCCAAGACUUAUUCCUCCAUCCCACACAGAGAAUCAUAUCUUUCAAACUGUCAGCAUUCACAAAUGUUUCACUUCUAUAUUCAUGAACUCUGAAAUUCUGUUACCUGAUCACAAUCUGUUAAUAUUUCCCCUCUCUCUCUGCCUUUUCAUCCUCACUGAAAUCUAUAAUCUUUUUACCCUUCUUUCCUAGGCCAUCAUCUUGCUACUGGCUGGGGCAGGGAAUGCAAGAGAAGAGGACAAUGUAGAAAACAUUUUUAUCAUUUUUUUAAAAUCAGGCUUUAUCAUGUUGCUUCAGCCUUGCAUCACUACCACUACCUUGUCUCCUAUACACUAUUUUGUCUCCUGUCACAAUUUACCCAUCUUUCACUGUAUAUCUUUCCAAGUUAUGUUUUAUUGGAGUGAUUUGUCAUUGGUUCACUAAGAUGAUUUAAUUUUACUAUUUUAUUUUUAAUGAAAUGAGUAGUACUGAAAAGCGUAUGCAAGUAGGAGAACUGAUUUCUCAGAAAACUGAUCAACACACUAAUCUAUAUUUUAUUUUAUUUUAUUUUUUAAAAAUGGUUAAAGGGUCUCUAUUUCUGAAAGUUGGUUUGCAAAAGGCAGGAAUGUAGGCAAAGGGAAGAAAGAGUGAACAUAGGGAUCUGGGAUUGCCCAAACCCACAGUCUCAAUCUCCACUUAAGUCUGCACGUAAGAUGGGAAUCAAAUCCAAAAUUAGAAAACAAAACAAAACAAAACUUGAAGCAUGCCUGCAUUUUCUUUUUUAUUUUCCCUAUUUGUUUCUGAAUUAAAGUUUUUAAUAAGAGCAUUCAGAAAUGAGUGACAAUCUUUUCUCAUAAACCAAAAUACCUUUAACCCCUAUGCUGCUUAAUGGAGCUAAAGAAAACCACAAAAUUAUGUUGAUUAAUCCACCAAAACUUCAUGUUACAUAACUUCAACUGGGCCCUCACUGUUGCAAGGCAAUCUUUUUCUACCUCCCUAAUUAAUUCACUAUCCCACUUACUCACUUACCACUGCAGUUCUUACAAACGUUUUCUUCCUUUCUCAAACUUCCCAAAGUUCCCCUUCCUCCCACCUCUCAGCUGAGAGCUUUGCCUCUUUUAUUACUGAUAAAAAUUGAGGCCUUUUACCAAAUGCUCCCUCUUCUCUUCUCCUCCUCAUUGCAUAUUCUCCAAAUGCCUCCUACUUUUAUCUCCUCCCUGACCUCUGUCUCACAUGAAGAGGUGGCUUUUUUCCUUACCAAGGAAAAUUCCUCUACUUGCACAAGUGAUCUCAUUCUGUCCUGUAUUCUUCAUCAUCUUCUCAUUUAUCUUUAAUCUUUUUGUCUCUUCACUGCCUCUUAGUCAUGCUCUUAUCUUCCUUAUCCUUAAAAAAUACUCUCACUUGAUCUAUCCAUUCCUGCUAGCUAUUGUACCAUAUCUCUUCUCUUUUUUGUGGCUAAGAUCCUUGAAAAUACCUAUCGGGGCAGAUAGGUGGCACAGUGGAUGGAGCACCAGCCCAGAAGUCAGGAGAACCUGAGUUCAAAUCUGGCCUCAGACACUUAACAAUUCCUAGCUGUGUGACCCUGGGCAACUCACAAUCCCAAUUGCCUCAGCAAAAAAAAAAAAAAAAAAAAAAGAAAAGAAAAGAAAAAAAGAAAAUACCUACCAUAAUCAGUGACUCUGUAUCCUUCCCUUCUGCUCUUAAUUUGCUGCAUUCUAGUUUCUAACCUCCUUAUUCAACUAAAAACUCCUCUCUGAAAAUACCAAUAAUCUUUUAAAUGCUAAACAUAGCAUCCUUUUUUUUCAGUUCUUAUAUUAUUUGACCUUUCUGCAGCCUUUGACAUGUCAAUCGUUCUCCUUGUUACCCCCUUCUCCAUUUUUUAUGAUCCUUAACUAUUCUAUUUCUCCCCCCAUCUUUCUUCUUAGCCUUUCUUACACUAAGUCAUACUUGCUAGAAAGAGAUAACGACUCUGUUCUAGAAUCUCUUCUUUUCUUUUUAUAUAAUAUUUCAAUUUUUUUUUUUUGAAUGCUACUGGGACUUGCCCAGAGUCACAUGGGCAGUAAGUGUCUGAAACCAGAUCUGAACUCAGGCCUUCUUGACUCUAGGGCUGGUGCUCUAUACACUGAAUCACCCAGCUAUCUUUAUACUAUUUCACUUGACAAUUUCAUCUACUCCCUUGAAUUCAACUGUCAUCUCUAUGCUAAUUAUCUUCAGAUCGAUUUAUACAGCUCUAACUUCUCUUUUAAUUCCAGAUUACUUAUUAGAUCUCUCAAACCACAUUGUCCAAAACUGAACUGAUUAUCUUUCCCAAAGACCCUCUGCAUUUCUGAACUUCCUUCUUGUUGAUGGUUCUCAAAUGUAUCUUUCCUGCCACAGUUUCUUUGCAGACCUUCAAUCUCUCAUCUCUAACUGCUUUUCAGACAUUUAAAACUGGAUUUUUAGGUGACGUUGUAAGCUCAAUAUAACAAAACUCAUUAUAUUUCUCCUUAAAUCCUAUCCCCUUCCUCCCUUUCCUUUUAAUGUAGAGGACAAAACCAUCCUCCCAGUCCCUCAGGCUCACAACCUAGGAGUCACUCUGGAAUCCAUAUUAUCUCUCACCUUGAUCCCCAUUUCCAAGCUAUUGGCCACACCUACUGAUUUCACCUUUACUACAUCUCUUAAAUACAUCUUCCUUCUCUCUGACAUUGCCCUCAUUACUUCAUGAUUAGACUAUUGCAGUAGCCUUAUGGUAGAUCUGUCUGCCUCAAAUCUCUCCCUACUUCAGUCUACCCUUCAUUCAAUUGCUAGUGAUCUUCCUAUACUAUAACUUCAGUCAUGGCAUCCCUUCCCCUAGUCAAUCAAUAUCAGUGGCUUUCUAUUGACUUCAAGAUCAAAUACAAAAUGCUGUUUCUCUUCCUGUCUUUCCGAUCUUCUUUCACCCUACUCCCCCCACAUACUAGACACUGGUCUCUCAGCUAUUCCACAAACAAGUGAUAUUCCAUCUUUCUACUCUGGGCAUUUAUUCUGGCUGUCCCUCAUUCCUGGAAUGCUCUCUCUUCUCCAUUCUGAUUAUUGAUCUCCCUGGCUUCCCUUAAAUCCCAAUUAUACUCCUACCUCUUAUAAGAAACCUUUAGCAACUUAAUUCUAAGACUUUUAAUUUCCAAAGGGUGUGUGGGUAUGUGUUUGUGUGAGUGUCUUGCUUUAUACCUGUUUGUUUACAUGUUGUCUCCCCUAACAGAUUGUAAGCUCCCAGAGAGCAAGGACUAUUUGCCUUUCCUUGUAUUCCAGGACUCUACACAGUGACUCAGUACAGUAGCUAUGUAAUAAAUAGUUAAUGACAGACCAACUUCAUCUCCACUGAGGUUCCUGAUGCUACUACAACUCUAGCCUCAUGCAACUAUCAUACUAAUUCAAUGAAUCCCUGUAAAAUGGCUCACAGAACUUGAGGUUUGGAGGGGACUUAUUUAAUCCAGCUCCCUACAAAAAAGGAAUCCUCACUCUUCCAUAGGAGAAAGCUCAUACAUCUUUUCCAUGAAGAUCUCUAAGGAAGAGCUACCCACCAUUACUAGCAACAGACUAUUUUUGCUUUUGGACAGCUCUGAAUUUUUUUGUUCUUAAGAAGCCUCUGGAGAGAAAAAUAACAAGUCUAAUCCCUCUCUUAUCAAUUUAAACUGGGGUAGACUGCUGAGUCUGGAGUCAGAUUGAAAUGCAGUCUCAGACACUUAGAGACUGUGUGAUACUGAGCAAAUUACUUAACCACUGUCUGCCCUCAGUUCCCUCAACUGUAAAAUGAAGAUAAUAAUAGCACCUGCCUCACAGGGUUAUUGUAAGGAUCAAACAAUAAUUAAAUCAACAAUAUAAUUAAUAAAUGUCAUCAACCUACAGAAUGUAUAAGUCUUAAAAAGGACCAUGUUGCUAGUAAUAAGCAUUGGAAACAAGCAUUCAUUUACUUCCCUUGUGACAGAGCCAUCAAUUUAGUUACUUCCUCUUCUGAAGUGCUGUGGUACUAUUUUGUCCCUUGUGGUUAUCUUCAGGAGAUUCUUUUUUUUCCCCUCCACUUGUUACGUUGAACCCGCUUCUGCUCUUAGAAGUUUUGCAACCUUAAGUUAAAUUCUGUUUCCUGUGGUCGCCAUUUUGCCUCCUCUCACAAUUUGCCUGUCUCUUAACUGUGUAUCUUUCCAAGUAUAAGUAGAAGAAAGUUUCACUAAGAUGAAGACUACAUUAACAUCGCUCCUGGCACAGCCUAACUUAUUUCUGUACAAAGAUACUCUCUGCGAACUUUUAGGAUGCAGAUUCCUUGGAGGCAAGGUCUAUUUCAUUUUGGUCUGAAUGAAUGGGAAAAAAAAGAUGAUUCAAGCACCAAUCCUGAAGUCAGAAGGACUUGAGUUCAAAUCUGGCCUCGGACCCUUAACCCUUCCUGGCUGUGUGACCUUGGGGAUGUCACUUAACCCCAAUUGCCUCAGCAAAAAAAAAAGAAAAAAAGAAAAAAGAAAAAAUUACUAUAUACCAAGUGAAGGGGAUAAAAAGAUUUAAGAAGAGGCAAUCUAUGCUCUCAAAGAAAUUACAUCAUAAUAAAAGAAGAUAACACAAAUAGAGGAGAAGUGAUCAAAGAAGUCAUGUUUUUUAAAAAUUAUUGGAGAAAUGUGCAGAGAAGAAGGUACCAUUGCUGGUGGUGAGGGAGCCUCAAUUUUAUGAUCCAGUGGAACCAGCAGAUUUUGAAGGACUUCUGAUGACACAUUUGAGUAGCCUGGAUGCAGAAUUUAUACAAGAGCUUGGAGACUUCACAGAGGAUGAUCUGGAGGUCAUCUUUACACCAAAGGAAUGUCGGACUCUACAGGCUUCUAUGCCAGAGGAAGGGGUUGAACUGGAUCCUCAUGUCAGGGACUGUGUUCAGACAUAUAUUCGGGAGUGGCUAAUCGUAAACAGAAAGAAUCAAGGAAAUUCAGAUACUGGUGGCUUUAAAAAGGUUGGCUCCCGAAAGGAUUUCCACAAGACACUUCAGAAACAGACUUUUGAAUCAGAAACUUUGGAUUAUAAUGAGUCAAGUUUUCAGGCAGACCCUGGAACCUUAAAAGUGCUUUGUGAUGUGUCUGGAAGAAAUACUCUCACUUCCUGUGACUUUGACCUUCGGAACCUACAGCCUGACCAACGGCUUGAUAGUCUCCUGGAACAUAUCAGUGCUGAGGAUUUUGAAAGACAGAACGAAGAAGCUCGAAGGACCAAUAGGCACGCCGAGCUCUUUGCCUUAUACCCAUCUGUGGAUGAGGAGGAUGCUGUGGAAAUAAGGCCACUGCCAGAAUGUCCGAAGGAACACCUGGGCAACAGGAUUUUGGUCAAGCUGCAGACUCUGAAGUUUGAGAUAGAAAUAGAACCCUUAUUUGCCAGCAUUGCCCUAUAUGAUGUGAAAGAACGGAAAAAGAUUUCAGAAAAUUUCCAUUGUGAUCUGAAUUCUGAACAAUUCAAAGGAUUCUUACGGAAUCACACACUCUUAGUUGACCCUUCUAGUCAAGCCAGAGCUGCAAUAUUCUCAGUCACCUACCCAUCUUCAGAUAUCUACCUUGUCAUUAAGAUUGAAAAAGUUCUCCAGCAGGGAGAGAUUGGCGAAUGUGCAGAGCCCUACAUGGUUAUCAAAGAAAGUGAUGGUGGGAAGAGUAAAGAAAAGAUUGAAAAGCUGAAAAUUCAAGCUGAGUCCUUCUGUCAGCGCUUGGGAAAAUACCGGAUGCCUUUUGCCUGGGCUCCCAUAAGUUUAACAAAUUUUUUUAAUGUUUCCACUCUUGAUAGAGAGAUAACUGAUAUGGAAACCAUGGUUGGGAAAAAUUCUAUGGGGGAGAGGAGAACACUGACCCAAUCUAGAAGACUUUCUGAGAAAAGCUUAAGCUUAGAAGACAGUUAUAUUGGCCCCAAUUUCAAAGCUACCACCAUGACUGUAAACAGUUUUUUCAAACAGGAAGGAGACCGUCUUAGUGAUGAAGACUUACUCAAAUUUUUAGCUGAUUACAAAAGAUCUUCAUCCUUACAGAGAAGAGUGAAGUCAAUACCAGGUUUACUAAAACUAGAAAUCUCCUCAGCCCCAGAGGUAAUAAACUGUUGCUGUCUGACCCCUGAGCUGUUACCUGUGAAACCAUUUCCUGAAAACCGAUCCCGCCUACAUAAAGAGAUUCUGGAAUUCCCAACUAAAGAAGUAUAUGUCCCUCAUACUGUCUACAGAAAUCUUCUCUUUGUCUACCCACAGAGGCUCAACUUUGCUAACAAAGUAGCAUCUGCAAGGAAUAUUACAAUUAAGAUCCAAUUUAUGUGUGGAGAAGAUGCUAACAGUGCUAUGCCGGUCAUCUUUGGAAAGUCUAAUGGUCCUGAAUUUUUAAAAGAAGUCUACACAGCUGUCACAUACCACAAUAAGUCUCCAGAUUUUUAUGAAGAAGUAAAAAUUAAACUACCUGCUAAACUCACAGUCAAUCACCAUCUUCUCUUCACAUUCUAUCAUAUCAGCUGUCAUCAAAAACAAGGCACUUCAAUAGAAAGUCUCCUGGGGUAUUCAUGGUUGCCGAUUCUCUUUAAUGAACGCCUUCAAACUGGAUCUUAUUGUCUUCCUGUUGCUUUGGAAAAACUUCCUCCCAGCUACUCAAUGCACUCCCCAGAGAAGGUUCCUCCACAAAAUCCUCCCUUUAAAUGGGCUGAAGGACAUAGAGGAGUAUUUAACAUUGAAGUCCUAGCUGUUUCUUCUGUCCAUACCCAGGACAACCACCUAGAGAAGUUUUUUACUCUCUGUCACUCUCUGGAAAGUCAAGUCACUUUUCCCAUCAGAGUGUUGGACCAAAAGAUCACAGAAGCUAACCUGGAACAUGAACUGAAAUUGAGUAUCAUCUGUCUGAAUUCCUCCCGCCUGGAGCCCCUCGUGUUGUUUCUGCACCAGAUUUUAGAUAAGCUUUUUCAGCUGUCUAUACAACCCAUGGUCAUUGCAGGCCAGACAGCUAACUUUUCCCAGUUUGCCUUUGAAUCCGUGGUUUCAAUAGCAAACAGCCUUCACAAUAGCAAGGACCUGAGCAAGGACCAACAUGGGCGGAACUGCCUCUUGGCCUCAUAUGUGUACUAUGUUUUCCGCCUUCCUAAUGUUCAAAGGGAAGUGUUAAAAUCAGCCACUAGUUCCAAUCACCCAGAUCCUCGCUACCAUACAUUUGGACGAACUUCAGUAGCAGCUGUGAAUUCCAAACUCCUGCAGGCCCGGGUGAUGAGCAACAGUAAUCCAGACAUUGCCGGAAUACAUACUUCACCAGAUGAAGAAGUUAAAAAUAUCAUGUCUUCAAAGGCUUCUGAUCGGGUCUAUAAUCGGAUGUCUUACUACAGCCAAGGGAACAAUGACACACCAAGUUCCACUACAGUUCCAAGACCAGCCAGCAAAAAGCAUUUCCAUGAAGAACUGGCAUUGCAGAUGGUGGUCAGCACUGGUAUGGUGAGAGAAGCAGUCUUCAAAUAUUCCUGGUUCUUCUUUGAACUACUGGUGAAGAGUAUGGCUCAGUAUGUGCAUAACAUGGAUAAACGGGAUAAUUUUCGGAGAACUCGUUUUUCAGAUCGAUUCAAAGAUGAUGUCACAACUAUCGUUAAUGUGGUCACCUCCGAGAUUGCAGCCCUCCUAGUGAAGCCUCAAAAGGAAAAUGAUCAAGCAGAAAAAAUUAACAUCAGCCUGGCUUUUUUCCUCUAUGACCUUUUUUCCCUAAUGGAUAGGGGCUUUGUGUUUAACCUAAUCAAACACUACUGUAAUCAGCUGUCAGCCAAACUCAAUAAUCUCCCAACUCUUAUUUCCAUGAGGCUGGAGUUUCUCAGAAUCCUCUGCAGCCAUGAACAUUACCUCAACCUGAACCUCUUCUUCAUGGCUCCUGAUGCAGCUCCAGCAUCUCCCAACCCCUCUAUCUCUUCCCAGAACUCCAGUUCUUGUUCCAGUUUCCAGGACCAGAAGAUCGCCAGUAUGUUUGACCUGUCUCCUGAUUACCGCCAGCAGCACUUCCUGACAGGUCUUCUCUUCACUGAAUUGGCUGCUGUACUUGAUGCUGAGGGAGAAGGAAUCACUAAAGUGCAGAGGAAAGCCAUUAGUGCCAUCCAUAGCCUACUGAGCUCUCAUGACCUGGACCCCCGAUGCUCUAAACCAGAAGUCAAAGUCAAAGUAGCUGCCCUUUAUCUCCCUCUGGUUGGUAUAAUCAUGGAUGCUUUGCCACAGCUCUAUGAUUUCACAGUUUCAGAUCGUGGUGGGAAAGGUCGUCCAACUAACCCAGAUGAAGAACAAGAAGGUGGAAGUUCAAUUAAUCAAACUGUGGCACUGGCCAUUGCAGGGAAUAAUUUUAACCUCUCGAAGAUGUCUGGAGCAUCUCUCUCUUCUUUGCCCUACAAGCAAUACAAUGUGCUGAAUCCUGAUACCACCCGCAACCUCAUGAUUUGUUUCCUCUGGAUCAUGAAAAAUGCAGAACAAAGCCUCAUUCGGAAGUGGAUUGCAGACCUACCACCAAUACAGCUAAAUAGGAUUUUAGAUCUACUUUUCAUCUGUGUCUCAUGUUUUGAAUACAAGGGAAAACACAAUUCUGACAAAGUCAGUACACAAGUCCUUCAAAAGUCUAGAGAUGUGAAGGCUCGGCUAGAAGAAGCAUUACUAAGAGGAGAAGGUGCUAGAGGGGAAAUGAUGCGACGCUGCAAGAUACCAGCAGGAAAUGACCGGUUUCCGGGACUAAAUGAAAACCUGAGAUGGAGGAAAGAGCAGACACAUUGGCGACAGGCUAACGAAAAGCUAGAUAAAACAAAGGCAGAGUUAGAUCAAGAAGCCUUGAUUAAUGGCAACUUGGCCACCGAAGCAAAUUUAAUCAUUCUAGAUAUGCAGGAAAAUAUUAUCCAGGCAACCUCUGCCCUGGAUUGCAAAGACAACCUUCUGGGAGGGGUCCUGAGGGUCCUUGUGAACUCCCUGAGCUGUGACCAGAGCACCACCUACUUGACUCACUGCUUCGCUACACUCAGAGCUCUUAUUGCCAAGUUUGGAGACCUGCUGUUUGAAGAGGAAGUGGAGCAGUGUGCUGACCUGUGCCAGAGAGUAUUGCAUCACUGCAGCAGCAGCAUCUAUGUUACCCGCAGUCAAGCUUGUGCAACCCUCUACUUGCUCAUGAGAUUCAGCUUUGGUGCCACCAGUAAUUUUGCAAGAGUGAAGAUGCAAGUGACAAUGUCCCUGGCUUCCUUGGUUGGGAAAGCAUCAGAUUUUAAUGAGGAAUACUUGAGAAAAUCCUUAAGAACCAUCUUGGCAUAUGCAGAAGAGGAUACGGCUAUGCAGGCAACUCCUUUUCCUGCUCAGGUAGAAGAGCUUCUCUGCAACCUCAAUAGCAUUUUGUCGGACACAGUGAAAAUGAGGGAAUUUCAGGAAGAUCCAGAGAUGCUCAUGGAUCUUAUGUACAGGAUUGCCAAGGGAUAUCAGACAUCUCCUGAUCUAAGACUGACCUGGCUUCAGAAUAUGGCUGAAAAACACUCUAAGAGGAAAUGCUACACGGAGGCAGCCAUGUGUUUGGUGCAUGCAGCAGCCCUGGUUGCUGAGUACCUGAGCAUGUUAGAAGACCAUUGCUACUUGCCUGUGGGAAGUGUGAGCUUUCAGAAUAUCUCUUCCAAUAUCUUAGAGGAAUCUGCAGUCUCUGAUGACAUCCUGUGCCCUGAUGAGGAUGGUGUGUGUUCUGGGAGAUAUUUCACAGAGAGCGGCCUGGUUGGGCUGUUGGAACAGGCUACUGAACUUUUUAGCACGGGAGGGUUGUAUGAAACUGUCAAUGAGGUCUACAAGCUGGUCAUCCCCAUACUGGAAGCUCACCGGGACUUCAGGAAGCUGACCUCAACUCAUGACAAACUGCAGAAAGCUUUUGAUAACAUCAUAAACAAGGGUCAUAAGCGAAUGUUUGGAACCUAUUUCCGAGUUGGUUUCUAUGGCUCCAAAUUUGGAGAUUUGGAUGAGCAGGAAUUUGUUUAUAAAGAACCUGCAAUUACCAAACUUCCAGAAAUUUCUCACAGAUUAGAGGCAUUUUAUGGUCAGUGCUUUGGUGCAAAUUUUGUGGAAGUAAUUAAAGAUUCUAUUCCUGUGGACAAAACCAAGUUGGAUCCUAACAAGGCCUACAUACAAAUCACUUUUGUAGAACCUUAUUUUGAUGAGUAUGAGAUGAAAGACAGGGUAACCUACUUUGAGAAGAACUUCAACCUCCGAAGAUUCAUGUAUACAACCCCUUUCACUCUGGAGGGACGGCCCCGGGGUGAGCUGAAUGAGCAAUAUAGGAGGAACACCAUCUUGACCACUAUGCAUGCCUUCCCCUACAUCAAGACCAGAAUCAGAGUCAUUCAAAAGGAAGAGUUUGUAUUGACCCCAAUUGAAGUUGCCAUUGAAGACAUGAAGAAGAAGACCCUAGAAUUAGCUGUGGCUAUCAACCAAGAGCCACCAGAUGCCAAGAUGCUUCAGAUGGUAUUACAAGGUUCUGUGGGAGCCACUGUGAAUCAGGGACCACUAGAAGUAGCCCAAGUAUUCUUGGCCGAAAUUCCAGCUGACCCAAAACUUUACCGGCAUCACAACAAGUUGCGAUUGUGUUUUAAAGAAUUCAUAAUGCGGUGUGGCGAAGCAGUAGAGAAAAACAAACGUCUCAUUACUUCAGACCAGAGAGAAUAUCAGCAGGAGCUCAAGAAGAACUACAACAAACUAAAAGAAAACCUCAGGCCCAUGAUCGAGCGGAAAAUCCCUGAGCUUUACAAGCCAGUAUUCAGAGUUCAAAAUGAAAAAAGGAACUCUUUCCACAGAUCUAGUUUCAGGAAAUAUGAAACCCAGUUGUCACAGGGCCCCUAAGUAAAAGCUGCCUUCAUCCAUACAGAACGAAGCCUAGGAAGAGAACACUCCAAUGCUUUGUUUUAAAAAAAAAAAAAAGACAACUCUCCACCACAACAGCCCACAUAUCCCUUGGCACACAGCCUCAGAGAACUGGAAGACCAAAUGUACAACACCCAAGGAAAAAGUAGAAAUUCAAUGACAUCUGUCCUGAUCUGAUUUUAGUGGGUGGGGGAGAAUGUAGAAACAAAAAGGCACAAGAGACCAGCUUGAGGUCCCUGUGUAUUUAAUGAACCAUAUGUUUCCUAGGAUUGUGUAAAACAGGGCCUUUGAAAAAAAUCAUCAUUUCCUGCUAAAUGACCAAUCACUGUUUACUCAGAGGGACAACUUCCUUUGACUUCCCUUUGGAUUCAGUUGGAUAAUUCUAACUCACCUGAGGAAAGAUGGAAAAUGUUGCUAGCAUUCCUGUUUAGAGUAAAUUUGACUUCUCUAUGGGAUAGUGUGGAAGGAAUUCUUUCAGUUGAUAUAUAGAGAAGAAAACAAAUCUCAUUUGAAGUCUGAAAGUCCCAAUGGUCAGUCAUUUGGGGAUAAACUACUAAAUUAUUAAAUUUGUCCAGAGGUUAACUGUGGAUUUAUAUAAUGCACAAUUUCAUGUUACUUAAUUAUUGUUAUGCUGUUAUUUAGAGGAAUGCAUUCUGAGUACUGAUUUAUAGGAAAUAUAUGGUACUCAGUAGCACACAAAAAAGGAGUUGCCCAUAGACAAACAUUCACUCAAACCAAUUUGCCUUUUCCUUUUUUUCUUUUUCUGUAGGACCACAUUUUAUUAUUUAGCUUUUAGUUUAGAAAACUGUUAUCGUUCAUACGGCAUAUUUGCAUCUGUGCUGUAAAGGCUGAAGCUUUCAGUUUUACUGGCUUCUGACAGCUUUUUUUUCUUUUUUUUAGGUGAACAAAGUUAUAUAAUAUGAGGUUUAAAUUAUAUAUAUUUUAAGUAAUUAUCUUGAACUGUUAUCAUAAAAUGUAGCUAGACUUCUUGGUACUUUUUAUUUAAAAAUAAAAUUCUGAUUUUCAUUGCA